UUCUACUUUAUAUAGUCAAUAGAAACUAAAAGAGAAAACUUAUCUCCAACCCAAUUGAUCUAGCUCUUAAUCUAUACUCACAAUCCUCCAUACAAGUCAUUCUCAAAUCCUCACCCUCUUUCUUUUCCUCACUAUUUAAGUGUAUCGUAGCAUGUGUAGUGUAGUAGUAGUAGCAGCCAUCAAUUAUUUUUGAAAGAUAUCAUGAAAGGAAUGAGAAGCAACUUUCUUAGAAAAUUGCAACUCUUCCCAACCAAAACCAAUUCCAAACAAAGCCUUAUUCUUCAACUCAACACCCCAGAUAUGUUCUGCAUCCAAAAAUGCCCCACUUCACCGUUCUUCGACGACCACAAAGUAAAUGAUUCGAGGUGGACCUCAGCCCAUUCCGGAACAGUAAAUAACCUUACUGAGCUCGAGUUUAGCCUUGACCGAAGUGAGAACGAUGAUGAUGAUAAGAUACAUCAUUUUGAGGAAUUACAAGAAUUCAAUUUCAAAUUAGCUACAACAAAACAAGUAGCAUGCAUCAAAGGGUAUCCAUCACUUAAAGAUUUUGAAGAAAAGUGUCCACCAGGAGGAAGCAAUUCAAUCAUUCUUUACACAACAAGUUUGAGAGGAAUAAGGAAAACAUUUCAAGAUUGCAACACAAUCCAUUUCUUGUUGAGAAGUUUAAGAGUAAUGUAUCAUGAAAGAGAUGUGUCUCUGGACUUGGAAUACAGACAAGAGUUGUGGAAUAUAUUGGGAGAGAAAGUGAUUCCUCCAAAGCUUUUUAUCAGAGGAAGAUACAUUGGAGGAGCUGAUGAAGUGUUUGGUUUGCAUGAAAUGGGUUGGCUUGGAAAGAUUUUGGAAGGAACACCAACUGUUUCUAGUGAUUGUCUUUGUAUUGGUUGUGGCAACAUGGGAUUUACCAUUUGUUCAACUUGUUGUGGAAGUUGCAAAGUCUUCAUCAACAAUGGUGACAGUACUGACACCAGCAACAAUGAAUGUUUCCUUAGAUGUCAUGGGUGCAAUGAAAAUGGGCUUGUCAAAUGCACCAUUUGCUGCUAGAAAUUGAUUGAUCUUACUAAAAGGUCCAACUUUUUCCACUCCUCAACUCUGAAUUUUACAUUCGAAAAAGACAUAAAGUUUUUAUGUCGUUUAGAAGUAUACUUUCAUACCAAAAAAAUUGUAUUUUUUUCCUAUGAAAGUAUAUUUCCCAAAUCAUGUAUAAGUAUCACUAAAACCUAGGAUGUGUUUGAUUUUUAUAUCUUGUUGUAAUAUAGUGUAUUUAAUUUACCUUAGACAUGGUUCUUAUGUUAGCAUGAUAUAGUGUCUUACCUAUCUGAAAUUGCCCUUUAAAUGGACAUUGUAUGAAACCCGUUUUUAGAUGUUGUUUAGGGACUAAUUAAUUAAAAAUUAGUACUUGGUUAUUAUUGGUUCUGUAAA